GUGUGCGAAGAUACAGAGCCCCCCAGUUUGCAUCCCAAAAGCCACGUUGCUUCAAUUUCAUUGUGAAUAUAUUCCUCUUCUGGUAUUGUACAGAUUGUAUCCCUGGGGGUUAUGUUAUGUCAGCUUCUUGUUACAAAGGAACAGACACAAACGCUGCGCUGGGAAAUCUGAUGAGCGCUCUGUACAGUUAGCAGAGGUAGGUUUGGGCUCGGGUUUUGCAAGUGUUCAUAGGUAAGAAUUGGACUUUACUGUCUGUGUAUUUUGAAAGCAUAAAAUAAAGAGGAGUGUUCGGUCCCGGUUGUUCUCUGGUUUAUUACCUGGGGUUUUUAAAUACAUUGAACGGGAUGGCGCGCGUGCUUUAUUUUUCUUAUUUAAUUUAAUUUACUACAGAGAAGUCUCUAAAAGCCCCGGGUUGGCAAAUCUCUAAGAAAAGUGCAAACCCGAUAAACUGGUGUGAAAACAGGGAUCCAAACACAGCUGUCCUGGCCUGGCCGCGAGUCUAAAAUUAGGUGCUCUGUAAGGGAAGGCGCAUGGCAGGGCUGGCUCUAGGUACCAGCAAAACAAGCUGGUGCUUGGGGCGGCACAUUUUUGGGGGUUGCAUGGCCGGCGCCAGAAUGCCGCCCCUAAAAAUGUGCCCCGGCUGCCCUAGCUCACCUCCGCUGCUGCUGCCACAGCGCGCGAAACAGCUGAUUCGCGAGCCGCUGCUGGCCCUCCCUCCCAGGCUCUCAAACCUGGGAGGGAGGGGGAGAUCCCGAGUGGCCGUUUCGUGUGCCGCUGCUCCCCCUCCCUCCCAGGCUUGGGAGCCUGGGAGGGAGGGGGAGAAGCGGCGCCGGCUCCCCGGCCACUCGGAGUCUCCCCCUCCCACCCAGGCUCUCAAACCUGGGAGGGUGGGGAGACUCUGAGUGGCCGUGGCGCCCUUGCCGGCUUCUCCCCUCCCCUCCCUCCCUCCCUCCUAGGCUGGUAAUAUCUGGGAUUGGAGCAACUUCUGCUAAUGAACAAGACUAGAACAGAACAAAAGUUCUGAGGAGUAGGUUGGUUCAAUACAAGAUAAUUCCUCACCCAGCUUGUCUCUCUAGUGUCUACAUCCGCUGUGCAAAGGAGUUAGAGACACCUCCGCACACCCCCCCAGACGGGCUCCGCGUUUCAGCAUUGUAGGAAAUAGGUUAUAGCCGCAUUCAGAAAAGUUUAGACUGGUCACUUUCACUCAUUGCAAUUGAAAUGCACUGGACACAAGGAAUCCAUUUGAACACGACCAGCCAGCUCCUCAUGUCGAUCUUAAACCGCUGCCCCCGUUUAGAUACGGCUUCGGCCCCGGUUCCCGCAGCUCCGCACGAAUCCCAGCCCAGCCCCUAACGAAUCGGACGGGGGCCUCGGGCGGACGCGGGUUUCGUUGCUGUGUGAUUCGCUCGCCGCGGUUAUUAUAGCGAGUGCGGAGUUUUAUCGCUACCGGCCGGUGAGGCCCUGAGCCGAGUAGGGGGCGCUUCAGAAAGGCGCAUCCAGGCGCUUAUCGUUCAUGUUUUGUUCACGCUGCUGUUGUGAUUGGGCGCGGGGCCCCCGCCGUGCCAGGCGCUGCACAAACCCAAGAGAACGCACGGGCCCCUCUCUCCAAGGAGGCGACCGCCGCAGGGCACCCGAGGCCUAUUGUAGGGGUACGUCCCCAGCGAUGCAAACCCCAGGCGGGGUCGGGGACGGAGCUCCAGGGCACAAGGCGCUAUUUCAUGAUUACAGCCCGGGGCCCCACUCCAGGAAGGCGCUGGCCAGAGCAGUGGGGGAGUCCUGGGCACGAUGUCCUGGCGCCUGGCGGGCUCCAGGUGCCUCUCCCCAGCCCAGUGCGCCCCUCUCUUGGCGCCUUGCGCUGACCCUGGAGAAAGCUACGCGCCGACCCCGCCUGGCUCCGCUCCAGCGCUUCUCCAGAGUGCACGCUGCCCACGGGGCUCCCGAGCCCGAGAGCGGGCAUAGGCGCUCUGCUUUUCGGGCUGGCGGCUCCUCUCCUGCGCCGCGCCCAUUCCCGACUCUGGAGCCUCGGAGUCAGGAGUUACCUGGGAAGGUGGGGGAAGGGCUCGGGCAUAUCCUUCCCCGCGGCUGCCACGGCUCUGGACAGGUCAGCCCCUUCCUACAGGUGCGUCAGGGAGGCUGCGCCCCUGCCCGGCCUGUCUCUUUAAGGCGCUGGGGGCGGAGGCGAUGGCCCGGGCAGGUGGGAGUGCCGGCUGCCCAGGUACGGCAGGCACAGAAGGAGCCGGAGAUCGCGGCUCAGCAGGCGGCAUAAAAGGAGGGAGUCCCGCCCCCACGCCUCCUUUGCCGGGCCGCCGGGGUUACCUGCGCGCCGGGAGCUGCGGCGCCCUCCGCCCCGGGCUCCCUGCCCAGCGGCCAGCCGGGCACAAGUUAAUGGUGAUGGGGGCAGCCGCUCCCGCAGCCCUGGGUCUGGAGUCACCGACCUCCCUGCCCCGGGCGGCCCGGAGCCCGAGCCUCCCCCGCGCCCAUCAGCAGUGAGUUCCUGCGCCCCACCGCGCCCCUCCUGGACUGAGUCGCCGGCCUCGGGAGCCCCGGAGCGGAGCUUGCGCGCCAGGGGUAGGGGCCGGCCGGGGAUGACCGCGGAGAGCCAGCAGCCCCUGUGCGGGGCCAGCCGCGCCGAGCCCGGCCUCCUGCUCAUGCCCCUGGUGAAGGCGGAGCCGGGGCCGCCCGAGGCGGGAGCGCGGGGCGCGGGGCGGCGGCGGAAGCGGCCGGUGCAGCGGGGCAAGCCCCCGUACAGCUACAUCGCCCUCAUCGCCAUGGCCAUCGCGCAAGCCCCGGAGCGGCGCCUCACGCUGGGCGGCAUCUACCGCUUCAUCACCGAGCGCUUCGCCUUCUACCGCGACGGGCCGCGCAAGUGGCAGAACAGCAUCCGCCACAACCUGACCCUCAACGACUGCUUCGUCAAGGUGCCGCGGGAGCCGGGCCGCCCGGGCAAGGGCAACUACUGGGCGCUGGACCCGGCGGCCCGCGACAUGUUCGAGAGCGGCAGCUUCCUGCGCCGGAGGAAGCGCUUCAAGCGCAGCGACCUCUCCACCUACCCGGGCCCCGCGCCCGACGGGGCCUUCGGGCCGCCCGCCGCCUGCUACCCCGCCGCCCCGCGCCGCCUCUUCGGCCUCGGGGGGCCGCCCGGCGCCCAGCUCGUCCCGCAGCCCGGCCGCCCGCUCAGCCCCGAGCUGGCCCCGGGCACCGCCAGCUCCUGCGCCUUCGGGGGAGCCGCCUACGCCAGCCCGGGCUGCGCCGGGGGCGCCGUCUCCUACCCGUACCCGGGCCCCGGCGCGCCGCUGCCGCUCACCCAGGGGCCCUACCCGCAGGGCAGCGGCCAGCUGUACCCGCCCGGCCGCCUGGCCCUGUCCACCUCGCCCCCGCUCGGCGGCGACAGCCGGGACUUCUACGGCCGCAUGUCCCCCGGGCCCUGCCCUGCGCUGGCCCACGGCUACGGCCCCGGCGCGCAGCUGGGCGGCCCCGGCGCCUACCUGCGCCCAGCGCCCUACCCCGGCGCCGUGGAGAGGUUCGUCCCGGCCAUGUGAAGGGACCGGCCCCGGGCUGGCGCUGGAGCGGUCGCCGGAGGGACCGAGCCGCGCCGCCGGGAGUGAGAAGCCGGGAACCGGCUCCAACGGGGUCCCCGCGGGGCCGUGGCUAGCCAGGGGUGGCUCCCGCUGCGCUGUGCAGAGCGGCCGUGCGGGACUCGGGAGGACACCGAGACGGACCUCUGGCAAAGCCCCCGGCCGCGGCCCAGGACACGGCGAGUAGUCAGCGUUGUUCCCCUUUGCUUGCGGCCGGAACUGGCUCCAGGACUCGCCCCGCGUGGGGAGCGAUGGGGCGCGGGGGCUGUUCCCCACGUCGGCGGCGCCUCUCUGCCCGCCGGGGCCCUGCCCGGUGCAGGGCAGUACCGGGAACGGAGAGGGCCCGAGCUGCUCCUGCACAAGACCCAAUUCCACAUGAACCAUAAAGUCCUUCUGGCCCGGACUCAUCGGUCCUUGACUCCCGUUACUUCAGAUCCCAAAGACGGGGUGGGGGUGCCCGCAGUUCUGUUCCUAACGGCCUCGGACGUGUCCCCGCAAUAAAUGGCUCUCCCGGCA